AUGGUUUUGCUUUCUCCAACCCCAAGGACACAGAACCCUCUGGAUUGGGAGGUGUUUGUUCGCCGCGCUGUGGAUAAUGCCAUUAUCACUAAGUGUGAUUUUGAAGAUGACAGCAAGCCCCUCUGUGACUGGUCGCAAGUGUCUGCAGAUGAUGGAGACUGGAUUCGAACCAGUGGACCCUCCCCAACUGGCAUCUCUGGGCCCCCUGGCGGGUACCCCAAUGGAGAGGGCUACUACCUGCACAUGGAUUCUAGAACCUUCCGGACGGGUGGAGUGGCCCGCCUUCGUAGCCCGGAUAUUUGGGAGCAUGGCCCCCUCUGCCUGUAUUUCGCCUACCACAUGUUUGGAUUGUCCUGGGGUGCCCAGCUCAGACUCCUCCUGCUCAUGGGGACACAGGACAACCGCCCCAAAGUGCUCUGGAAACACGUGAACACCCAGAGUCCCUCCUGGAUGCCCACCACAGUCACGCUGCCCGCUGAGCUCAUCCUGCCCAGCCGGCUGAUAUUCGAGGGAAUGAGGGGCAACACCCCCUUCCUGGACAUCUCCCUGGAUGCCCUGUCCAUCCAUCGGGGCACCUGCAAUCGGGUUUGUAUGAUGAAAAUGUGCACCUUUGACACUCUCAAUGACCUCUGUGGUUGGAGCUGGGUCCCCACUGCCACAGGGGCCAAGUGGGUCCAGAAGAAUGGGUCAUCAGGAAAGACAGGUGUGGGACCUGAAGAUGACUUCUCUAGUCCUGGCCGUGGCUUCUAUAUGCUCCUAGACCCCAAAAAUGCAAAGCCAGGGCAGAAAUCUGUCCUCCUGAGCCCCCUGAGUCAAUCUGAUGGCUGCCUGACCCUUUCCUUCAACUACGUCCUGUGGGGACAUUCUCUCGAUGCAGCUCUCCUGGUCUACGCCUCCCUCUUAGGCAGCAUCCGGAAGCACACAAUCUUCUCGGGACAGCCGGGACCCACCUGGAAGCCUGCUUCUGUCAACUACACAGGACAGGGACAGAUUCAGUUCACUGUGGUGGGUGUCUUUGGAAUCAUCCCAGAGCCGGCAGUCGCAGUGGAUGCCAUUAGUAUUGCUCCCUGUGGGGAGAGCUUCCCUAACUGCAACUUUGAAGACAGUGCCCAUCCAUUCUGCGACUGGACCCAUGUUUUCAGUGAUGGUGGACACUGGGCCUGGGGAAGCAAAAACCUCCCCACCAUUGUGGGAGGCUCUGCAGAUUCCACAUAUGGAGGAGAACACUAUAUUUACUUUGAGGCAGACAAGUUCUCCCGGGCGGGGCAGUCUGUCCGGCUGGGGAGCCGACCCUUCUGUGCGCCAGGGGACAUCUGUGUGGAGUUUGCCUACCACAUGAACGGCCUUGGAAAAGGCUCCAUGCUCAAGCUCCUGCUGGGGAGUCCUGCAGGCAGUUCUCCCAUUACUCUGUGGCACCGUGUUGGGGCUCAGGGCCCUGGAUGGCUGAACAGCUCUGUCACUGUGCCAUCAGGAUAUCAACAGCCCAUGCAGCUGUUUUAUGAGGCGACCCGGGGUAGCAACUCUGCCUUCCUUAUUGCUGUGCGUUUUAUUAAGAUCAGCCACAGAAUCUGUGGAGUCCCACUUGAAGUGCCCAUAGUCCCAGUGGAAAGAACCACUGAAAUGACCACAAUCCCCACGGAAAAACCCGCUGUCCUUACAGAGAAACCCACCAUCCUGACCCUAAUGCCUACGGUCCCCACUAAAAAGCCCACAAUCCUCACAGAAAAGCCCAUGGUCCCCACGGAAAAGGCCACAGUCCCCACAGAAAAGGCCACGGUCCCCACAGAAAAGCCCAUGGUCCCCACAGAAAAGGCCACAGUCCCCACAGAAAAGGCCACAGUCCCCACAGAAAAACCCAUGGUCCCCACAGAAAAGGCCACGGUCCCCACAGAAAAGGUCACAGUCCCCAUAGAAAAGCCCACAAUCCCCACAGAAAAGCCCACAAUCCCCACAGAAAAGCCCACAGUCCCCACAGAAAAGCCCACAGUUCUCACAAUAAAGCCCACACUCCCCACAGAAAAGCCUAUAGUCCCUACAGAAAAGCCCAUAGUCCCCACAGAAAAGCCCACACUCCCCACAGAAAAGCCCACACUCCCCACAGAAAAGCCCACUCUCCACACUCAGUCAACAACAGUGUGGACAUCAGGAGCCAGUCGAGCCCCAUCCACCACCAGAAAUGCUACACUCACCACAGUGAGCUGCCCGCCAAAUGCCCACUAUGAACCCUGUAUGUGCCUUGCCUCCUGUGAGAACCCCAGACCCACUUGUGAGCCCCGCUGCUUGCCAGGCUGUGUCUGUGAUCAAGGCUUUUUGUUGAGCCAGAACAACUGCAUCAGUGCCUUGUCCUGCCCUUGUUUCUACAGUAACAGAUACUACCAGCCUGGAGAGGAGUGGUUCAACUCUAACUGCUCAGAGCGUUGCCGUUGCUCAUCUGGGGACAAGAUAGAGUGCCAGAAAGCUCAGUGCAAGACUAACACGGUGUGUGAGCUGAGGGACCACAAGUUUAGAUGUUACCCCUUUGGAUCUGCCACCUGUGUGGUCUACGGAGCUCUUCAUUAUAUCACCUUUGACGAGAGGCACAUUGGCUUCACCGGCAGGUGCACCUACAUCUUGACACAAACUUGUCAUAACAGAACGACAGAACCAUUCUUCAUGGUGACAGCUGAGAAUGAGAAGCGGGGUGUGGAAGGCGUGUCCUGCCUGAGUAAAGUCUACCUGGCCUUGUCAAAGACCUCUGUUACCCUGCUCAAGGGCAGACGCAUACUGGUUGGGGGUGAACAGGUGAACCUCCCAUUAAUGCUUUCUAAGGAUGCCUACAUGAUUCUGAGUGGUCGGUUCAUUGUACUGCAGACAACGUUUGGUUUGACUGUGCGUUGGGAUGGCGACCAGCAGCUGUAUGUGACAGUGACCAGUUCCUUUGCAGGCCGUCUCUGCGGUUUAUGUGGAAACUAUGAUGGAGAAAGCAGCAAUGACAACUUGAAGCCCGAUGGUAGCCAGGCCCAGGAUGCCGAGGACCUGGGCCACAGCUGGCAGACAGACCACAACAAGAGAAAGGAGUGUGAGAAGAGAAACGAAACCGUGGCGGUUUGUGACCUGAAGAUGGCCAGCACACUGUCAGGACCGGCUUUCUGUGGCCAGCUCAAGCUGCCCAAUGGAAUCUUUGAGGCAUGCCUGGCCCGUCUGAAGGCCACUUCCUUCUUUGACAACUGCAUGUCAGACAUGUGCAGUUUCCAAGGAGUCCAGACCAUGCUCUGUGCCCACAUGUCCACGCUGACCGCCAUCUGCCAGAGUGCCGGUCUGCCUGUGCGGCCCUGGAGGGCUCCCAGCUUCUGCCCCCUGGCCUGCCCCCCCAAUAGCAGGUACUCCCUGUGUGCCAAGCCGUGCCCAGAGACCUGCCAGGCGAAGUUCACGCAGAAGCCCUGCCCAUAUUCGUGUGUGGAGGCCUGCGAGUGCGACCCCGGCUUUAUCCUCAGUGGCUCCCAGUGCGUCCACCGAGCCCAGUGCGGGUGCAUCACCCCAUCAGGGCGGUACUUGAAGACUGGGGAUGUGUGGUACAAACCUGAGUGCAAAGAGCUCUGCAUGUGUACCAGCAACCACAAAAUUCGCUGCCGUUCCUGGAAUUGCACGGCCCAGGAGUCCUGCAGAUGGAGGGACGGCAGCUAUGGCUGCCAUGCCCUAGGUACGGCCACCUGCCUGGCCUCAGGUGACCCUCACUACCUGACCUUCGAUGGAGCCAUUCACCACUUCUCGGGCACCUGCAAUUACGUCCUGUCCAAGCCCUGCUGGCCAGGCUUCCAUGACAACUACUUUGUGGUGAGUGCCACCAACGAGAACCGCGGUGGGAACCUGGAUGAGUCCUACAUCAAAGCCGUGCACGUGGUGGUCUUCGACCUCAGGAUCUCACUGCUCAAAGGCUACAAGGUCAUGGUGGAGGGCCACCAGGUGUCUCUGCCCGUGUGGCUCAUACAGGACCGGGUGACCAUUCGGUUCAGCGGCUCCUUCAUCCUGUUCUACACGGACUUCGGGCUGCAGGUCCGCUACGACGGGAACCACCUGGUCAUGGUGUCUGUGUCCUCGUCCUACGCUGGCCGGCUGUGCGGGCUGUGUGGAAACUAUAACAACAACAGUUUGGAUGACAAUUUGAAGCCUGACAAAAGGCCCGCCAGCAGUUCCUCCCAGUUCGGGGCUAGUUGGAGGAUAGCAGAGUUCUCUGACCCAGGCUGCUUUCUGGCAGGCAGUAGCCCUUCCAGCUGCCAAGACAACGACUCUUCUUCCAUCUGGAACAAGAACUGUGGCAUCCUACUGAACCCCAUGGGGCCUUUCUCCAGCUGUCACCUGGCAGUGUCCCCGCAGAUAAGCUUCACCAGCUGUGUGCAGGACCAGUGUGAAAGCAAGGGCAAGGCCCUGUCUCUGUGCAACUCCCUGCAGGCCUAUGCUGACCUGUGCGCGCAGGCUGGCCAGGCCGUGGCCUGGCGCAACAGCACCUUCUGCCCUCUGAAAUGUCUACCGAACAGCAGCUACAAGCCUUGUGCCAAUCCCUGCCCAGAUGCCUGUCUCUCCCUGAGCUCCCCGACAUACUGCCCUGUACUGCCCUGUGUGGAGGGCUGUGAAUGCCAGAGGGGCUACAUCCUGAGUGGACACAGCUGUGUGCCCCCCAGCAACUGUGGCUGCCAGGACCUCGAGGGCUUCUACCACCUGGUAGGGGACAGCUGGUACCCAGAGAAGACCUGCCACACUCUCUGCAGCUGCUCGAUCAACAACAACAUCACCUGUGUUAAGGCAGCCUGCCAGGCCAACCAGAUGUGCUCCUCCCAGGAUGGUAUAUUCCACUGCCAGGCCAUAGGCACAGGAGUGUGUUACGUCUCUGAGGACGUGAGGUACAUGAGCUUUGAUGGUGUUGGUCAGCCCAUAUUUGGAACAUGUACACACACGCUGGUGAAAGUGUGUGACCCAAGCUCGAAGUUGCCGUUCUUUGAGAUCAGUGCCAAGAGUGAGAGCAGAGAAGGCGAGAACAAGGUUUUCCGUAUCCGCCGGGUCUACAUAUCCAUCUUCAACUCCCGUAUCACCUUGCAGAAGGGGCACCGAGUGCUGAUUGACGGGACGUUAGUCACCCUUCCUGCCUCCCGGAACCAUGGGAUCAAAAUCACUGCCAGCGGAGACUAUACCCUGGUCAGCCUUAAGAAUGGAGUACAAGUCAAGUAUGGUGGCGAUCAUUUCUUGGAGAUCAAAGUACCACCGGCCUAUCAUAAAAAGCUGUGUGGUGUGUGUGGGAACUUCAAUGGCCAGCAUGAGGAUGACCUAAUGAUGCCCAAUAAUGAACUAGCCGAGGAUGGCCACGACUUCAUGGACAGCUGGCAAAACCAUGACCUAGACCCAACUUGCCAGAACCUGGAAGAUGAGGUCUCGCAAAUGGAAGUACAGGAGACCGUGAACACAAAGUGCCAGCCAGCCGACCUGGGCAAAACCCGGCAAGCCUGUCAGGAGGCCCUACAGACCACAGCCUGGGCCGAGUGUGCCACGAGGGUGGAUGUCAAGCCCUACAUCCUGGGCUGCAUAGACAAGCUCUGUGAGUUUGGAGGGCUCUCCCACAGCCUCGUCCAAACCCUCUGCGAAGUCCUUCAGGGCUUCGAGGCUGCCUGCCACAACGAGGGGCUCAAGACCCCCAUUUGGAGGAAUAGCAGCUUCUGCCCUCUGGAAUGCCCGGCGCAUAGCCUGUACUCCAACUGCCUUCCAUCCUGCUCGCCGUCCUGCCAGGAGCUGGACUGCAAGGGCACAGAGGUCAGGGUCCCCCUCACCUGCAUGGAGGGGUGCAUCUGCCAGUCAGACUACGUGUUGAACGAGGGCCAGUGUGUGCCCAGAAGCUACUGUGGCUGCAGAACGGCCCAGGGGGCCAUCAUUGCUGUGAACAAAACUUGGAUCUCUAGUGGCUGUACUGAGAAGUGCGCAUGUACGGAAGGGAGGAUUCAGUGCAGCUCCUUCCAGUGCCCCUAUGGGUCCCGCUGCCAGCACGGGGAAAAUGACAGCAGUUAUUGUGCCGCUGACAAGUCGGAGCAGUGCACAAUCUUAGGAGACCCUUAUUACCGCACGUUUGACCGCUUGGGAUACCAUUUUCCAGGCCGCUUGACCUAUAUCCUCAUAAAGACAGUGGACAUACUGCCAGAGGGCAUAGAGAGCUUGCUCGUGGAGGGGCGGAACAAGCUGACCAAGGCCUCCAGCCCUACCCUGCACGAAAUGAUCAUUAUGGUCUAUGGCUAUAAAGUCCAACUCCAAACAAACCUGGAGCUUGUGGUCAACGAUCAGAAGAUGGGCCUCCCCUUCAUGCCCAAUGAGCAGCUGCAGGUCACCCUGCGAGGCACACGGAUCUUUCUGAUCACUUCAUUUCAGCUGAUUGUUAGUUAUGACGGCAAGGAUCUUGGAGUGAUCAACCUGCCUAGCACAUACCAGGGGCUGGUACGCGGCCUGUGUGGGAACUAUGACAAAGACAGGACGAAUGACUUCAUGCUGCCCGACGGCCGGGUCACCCAGAAUAUCCACGUGUUUGUCAGCAGCUGGACGGUGAACUACCAAGAAUCCCUCCUCCGCUUCCCAAGGGCUCUACCAGAGCAAGAAGAGGGAGAGGGGAAUGAGUCCCCUGCCAUCCGGUCCCGUUGCAGCCCAGAGCAGCUGGCUUUAAUCCACACUAGCCAAGCCUGUAGGGUACUGGUGGACCCCCAGGGGCCUUUUGCCGCCUGUCACCAGAUUAUGGAUCCAGAACCCUUCCAGGAGCACUGUGUGUUUGAUAUGUGUGCCAGCCAGGACCCCAAAGAACAAGAGGAGCUGCGCUGCCGGGCCCUCAGUGGGUACGCCAUCAUUUGUCAGGAGGCAGGUGCUGGCCUGGCUGGCUGGCGGAACCAUACCCGCUGUGCCAUGGUGUGCCCAGCCAACACGGUGUACAACAGCUGCAUGACACCCUGCCCAGCAUCCUGUGCCAACCCAGCGGCAGCCAGGGCCUGUAAGGGCCCCUGCUUGGAAGGCUGUGCCAGCCUCCCUGGCUACCUCUACAGUGGCACCCGGAGCCUCCCCAAGGCCCACUGUGGCUGCACUGCGGCCGGCGUCUAUUACCAGCUGGGUGACAGCUUUGUGACGGAGGACUGCGCCCAGCACUGCACCUGUGCCAGCUUGGGGCUCCUGCUGUGCGAGCCCUAUGGCUGCAGGGCUGGGGAGAUCUGCACACUGGCCAACUUCACCCGAGGCUGCUUCCAAGAAAGCCCAUGUCUGCGGAACCCGUGCCACAAUGACGGACGCUGUCGAGAGCAGGGAGCCACCUUCACCUGUGAGUGUGACCCCGGCUACGGGGGACACCUCUGCACAGAGCCUCGGGACAGCCUGGUCCCCCAAAAGCCAGAACCAUCCAGCUUUGUGGCCAUUCUGCUGGGGAUGCUGGUGCCUCUGGUGGUCAUUCUGACGGUCCUCAUGGCAGUGGCCACCAGGGAGUGUGUGCACAGGAUGAGGCAGCGGUCAUGGUGGAGGUGGGUCCUGGUGGGGACUGAGGAAGGGAGGUAG